UCUUGGAGACGAAUUUCCAAAAUGGCUUCUCGAUAAAAUGGAUAACGACGCCGAAAAUGUGGAGGAAAACGAAAAGUAUUCAUUUCUCCUUGCUUCGGCAAUAAGAAACGAAGACCCAGAGCAAUUUUUCAGCAUUUACGAUUCAAUAUUGCCAAAAAAUCUCCCUGACACUCAGUUAGAGUUGAUUAAAAGCAGGGCACGUGAUAUAGCUGAUUAUCCAGAAGACGAAUUCAGUGCUUUAGUGCUGAGAGCCCGCAACUUUAGCCUGGCAAAGAACAGGGACAAAAUGUCCUAUGAUGUGACUGCCACCGGAAUGUAUAAAACGGAGGACAGACCAUCAAGUGAGGAUAAUGAUGACGACUUAGACAGGGUUCAGCUUCGCCCAUUUGGUGGUUGUCCAAUGUCAUACCAGUCCCCAUCUUACAGCAGACGCCAAGAGUCUUGUAUCAUAGACAUGGAACAAGUUGAUAAACGCACUGACAAUGAUUCUGGUAUCUGUAAUUCUAGUAAGACAACCACCAGUGUGGGCAGUUACUCUGAACAUGAGGAUAGUGAAGGUGAUGAGCGAGGGUGUUUUGACUACUACCCAUCUACCGUCAAAAUCACACCAACAACAACAUAUCACCUGGACUAUGAUGAAGCUCACGAGGUAGAUUCUGAUAAAAAUGACAUUGAAUCACCGCAGAGUGGUAAAGGCAGUGAUAGUGAACCAACAUUUCAGGGAGUUCAGAUGAGGACUUAUUCUCGCCGAACCGUUCCCAAUGAUGAGGAUGACUUUGAAACUGAUGAUGAUAGUGACUCUGAUUCCAGAGAUCUGCACCAGAGACUCUAUGCCAGAAGUGACAGAAAACGUCAUCAAAACUACUACACACCAAUGACUCGUGAAAGUUGUGAGGAUUAUGAAAACUUUAGUACCUCAACUUUCUCCUUUGAAAACAGUCAGAGGGCCCUUAAAGAAAGAUCGGGGUCUUCCCUACGUGAUGUUGACGAUCAGAUUAAUUUUCCUAUGUAUAGCAGACAUUCCCCUUUCAUUGGCAGCACUAGUAGUGAACAUGUACGAAUUGAGAAAAAGAGUUUUCAUCGUGGAGAAUAUGGGAGUGAUCCCCCCUUUGGCCAGGGGCUGGACCAGCUUAAUAAGGUGGGGAGUUCUAUUGGAGAACUGAUCUCUAGUACCAAGCACACAGUAGAUGGUAUGCCUGAGGGACGACGUAUUUCACAAAGCCCAGAUCUUGCUGCUGAGGAUGGAAAAAAGAAGAAGAAAAAGAAAAGAGGUUCUAAAGAUGAUUUAGAUGACAAAAGCAAGAGAAGACCAGAUUAUAGUGACACAGACGAAAAUGGAAAUCCUCGUUUAGAGUGUGCACAACUUCUUAAUCCUAAAGCCUACAGGCCGAUGAGAGAAAGUCCGAAUUCUUCUGGCUCCUCAGUGUACUCCAAACCCACCAGCUAUGAUUCAAUUCCAGCGUUUUAUUCUAACAGGAGAGAGUUAGAAGAUUCGUCGUCCACUUCUAAUCAGGAGGCAACAAAGAAACGCAAAAAACCAAAGAAAGACAAAACAGUAGAAACGGUCCGAAAAUCAGAGGAAAUUGAAAACUAUCAAGGAUCGAAAGAAAUUGACGAAAUAUUGUCAUUUAUUGAAAACGAUGGCACUGGGCGAAAACCCAAAAAGGUGUCCAAUAACACUACAGUGGACGUUAACCCUGUCAAAUCUACAGACAAAAAUAACAAGAAGAACAAAGAGAGAAAACCUAAGGUAACACCAGGAGACAUCAAAUCUACAGAAAAAAAGGAAAAUAACCCAGAGAAUAGUGUAAAAGAAGGCUCCGAGGAGAAUAGGGAAGAUUCCGAAACCUGUAGGAUAGAAAUGGGAAAUUCUAAUGAAAGAUUCGGCUCACCAGAAAUAAAGACUGAAGACUGUCAAAGGGAUAUCAAGGAGCGGAAUCACAUCAUUGGUGAAAAUUGUGUUCUGAAAGACAGUAAAUUGAAAGGUGAGAUGAUGAAUGGUGACAUUACGUCUCCUGAGGAAGAGGCUGAGGGGAUUUCCAACAAGAAAUUGAAAAGCUUAGACCUUAAGGCAGGGGAGGUGUUAAUCAAUGAUAAAGAGGAAAGUGACAGUGCUGAAAUAAUAAUUGAUACCUCCAGUAAAGUGACCAAGGACCUCCAGAUUGACACAAAUCUGAACAAUAUGAAACAAAACAAUAUGAAAAACUCCAAAAAGAAACAUAACAUAGUGUCAGAUAAUAAUAAAAAAGACACUGUUAAAAGCUCUGGUGAAAAAGAGCCAGAGGAAAAGAUGGUGGAACAGAAAAGUGAACCCAAAAGCAGUGUGGUGGGAGACACUGAGGAUAUAGAUAAAGAAAGUGAUUACUAUAUAUUCACAGACCUUGACCUUCCUAAACCAGUGGAAGAGGAAUUCCAAGUAGUUGGUAAAAAGAAGAAAAAGGGUGUCCCUGUCUCUGUCAAAGAAAUUGUGAGCAAGGAUGCUAAUACCACCCAGCGUGUUCCCUUGAGGGAGGAGAGACGAAGACCCCAGAGGUCCAUUACCCCACCUCCAACCUCCCUCGUCAACUCCCUAGCCAUGGAGGAUGAGAGAAACAGAAUGAGGGACCUCAGUCCUUCAUCAUUUCCUGCUCUUGGUGCUGGCAGACAGGGGAGGCAGUCUUUCAGAGAUGGUCGUCGCAGUUCAACUGGAGAUGUACCAAAGGAAAUUCUUAUUAAACCUCAAGAUGACAGUGAUUUGGAGUCUGUAAAAUCACUCCCUGCAUCAGCACAGGCCGUGUCUCCUAGACUUCAAAUUUCUUAUGCAAAGAUGGCCGCUUCUCCUAAGCCAAACAGUUCGGUGUCCACUUGUCCUGAUGAGGAUACUGAGGAUCCAAGUAAUGUUUCUGUUGACUUAAAAUCGGCAGUUUGGAAGGGAAGUCUUACAGAGAGGAGGCAUUCAAUAGGCUCUAGUCCAGAGGGUAAAGAAAAUGAAGCCUCUUCCAUUCGUCAAAAAUUCGGAAGUCAGGAAUUGGUCAAACCAGAAAAGGAAGAAGGUCUGUUUAGUUCACCUGAGAAAUCACCUUCAGUAGUGGAGAGUGUAAAGUCAAACUCUUCUCAGAAUUUCUCUGUGGAUAAUAGUGCUGCCAUUGACAGUGUAUCUAUUACUGAAGCUGUGUCGAACACUAGUGUGACUAAAGCUAGUGAUAGUGAAUUCAAUGAACCUCUGGAGAGUUAUUCUAUAAAAAACACUAUCCAAGUGACUGCAAAGAAUCAAGGUGCAAACAAUCAGAUAGUCUCUAAAAUUAAGGUAUCAAAAUCUAGUUGUGAAGCCUCUAAAACAAGCAAAUCACAAGUCUCUUCUAAAAAAGUUAGUGCAAAGAAGCAAGCAAAAUCGGUCAUUUUCUUGGACAGAGGUGAGAAAGACCAUGAAAACUUGGAUAUUGUGUUUGGAUUUGAUCCUCAACUGGAGGUCGAGGAACCAAUGGUGUCUGUAUCAAAUUCUGUUUCAAGCAGUAGUUUACAGCCCCCUGCAGUGUUAGCCCAAACUAAGUCUAGUGAAAAUCUUAGUGUUGACUCAAACAGUUCAAAAGGAUUGCCCCGUGUUCCUGUGAUACACUCCAGAAGUGUCACAAACAAUUCUAGUUACACAAAUACCAAGGACUACAAACACUCUGUAAGAAAUUCCAAAUCAGCAACUUUUCCUUUAGAAGGGAAAAAUGGAGUGAAAUCAAUUAGCACCUUAAUUCUUUCUCCUGAUUCCAAGAACCCUUCUGCUCAGCAGUUCUCGUUUAUCAGUGAGGACACAUGUGCCCCCACUGUAAGCGAUACCCCUGUGAUCUCCAAUGAGGCCCCCAGUGAUGAGGGAUGUGUGACAGUGGUAUAUGGGGAGGAGUGUAGUGCUGUGUUGGGGGCAGAGUCCAGACAUCCCCCAAAACAAAUCAGAUAUCAGAAAGAGACGGGGGAUAUUUUAGGGUGCUUUAAUAGGGUGGAUGUAACCAGCUAUCUUAUGAGAGAAUGGGAGAUUGUAAUGAAUAUGAAAGAGAAAAAUCCAGGGAGCAUUCUUGUCUUCAACCAGCACUAAACCUGCUGCGCUCUAAGCUUCAUAUUGCCUUACCCUGCCAUCAUGUGUUGCUUUGGAUUUUAGUUUUAACCAUUGUUAUUAGAGAGUCAAAUAAUUUAUCUCACUUUUUGAUGUUUUUGUGGAUGAUCAGUAUUUUUAUAUCACAAGUGUAUUGAAAAAUGAAACUUUGGUGAAAGUGACAGCUUUUGUUCCAUUGCAUUUUGUAUUCUUUGAAAAAUACCAUCUAUAAAUGAACACGACAAAAUGAGAAGAAAUAUUCAGUUGUAUGCUGUUUUGUAUAAUCUAUCAUGUAUAUUUGCAUACAUUCCAAGUGACUUACAUAUUUGGAAUCUCUGACGGGUUUAAUAUAGGGAUAGGUAGAAAAUUCAACUAAAGAAAAUGGGAGUUUUUUGGAUAGCAUGUCUUGUGAAUUUUUCUUGUUUUUCAGUAGAAUAUUAUUUCCUAUAUUUUUCUCCAUGGCUGAUGCUUUUUCCCCAUAUAUUAAGCUUCAGCCAAGCCAUAUUUAUUUAAAGAAAAAAAUGGACAAGAUUCUUUGGAGGACUUUUUUUUGCUCUGCAAAAUAUUUAUAUGAUAUGAAUUUGAAAUUUGGAGAGAAAAAAUAGGAGGUGGAUGCUUACAUGUAAAACAAAGUACUGCAUUUUUGAUAGAUUUCUUACUGUAUUUGUAAGCUGCCAAUGCUUAACAUUCCUUGAUACUAUGUAUAAAAAAAAAAAAAAAACUGCAAUAUAUGGAAAUAAUGUGAUAGAAAAGUUGAACUUUUAUUGUGUUCUCAAAACAACUCACCUUUUAAUGUAAAACUUUGUUUCUUUUACUUAUUUCAAACUGUUAGAGAAGGUGAAAAGUUUUUUUUCUUUUCUAGCAUAUCACUGAUUGCUGGAAGCAUUUGUUUAUCAAAGAAAAUAAUAGUGACUAGAAGUAAAUAUUUAAUGUGAAAUUUUAAUUUUAUAUGCCAAAAAAAAAUGUGAAGAGAGACCUGUGAUGAUUUGUGUGUGUGAAAUUGAUCUGACCAUCGGUCCUCUGUUGACGGACAGUAAUGACCACCGGGAGGUGAUGCAUGGAUGUAAAGGUCAUCAGAGGUCAUCUGAAACAGACAGAGACGUGUCUGAUUGGAAAGGUCUGGAUUCAGGGGGGAGAACUCUUUCUGCAGUCUGUGAGAAUUCAGGGGAGAAUACUCUUUGUGGAGACGCUGGAUGAAGUUAAGUGGUUCUGGAGCAUUGUGGUGUUAUGAUGUCAUAGUAACUUCAGGCAUGACCAUAGAGGUCAAUUUUAUAAACAAAAUCUGGAAUGUUAUUAUAAAGGAGAGAAGGGGAGGAGAGAGAGAUCAAAGGAAUAAAAUUGGUGCCAGCUUUAUAACAACUUCUAACUAUUGUUCUUCUUUUGUUUACUUCAGCAGUCGGGAAAAAAAUGGAUUAGUUAAAAUGAUUUAUGCCAGAAAAUCUUCCUAACAAUUUAUUUUCUUCAUCUGAUGUGCUAACGUGAUCAUACAUGGGUUUGUCUGUGGUGUGUAAGGGAGUGAACAGUGGGAUCUAGUCGUUUUGUGGCACGUCAACAUGUAUAUCCUGGGUAUCAUAAACCUUGAUAUUUGGGCUUUAUGUCAUUGAUCACAGUGUUAUUUGUUUCAUUGAAUUAUAUUUAUUUUGAGUAUGCUAUUGUUUUGAAUUUGUUCAUAUUGCGCCAGUGGUCUGAAACACCUCUUACAAGGGUGCUGACGGGGAGAUGUUUCCAAUACUUAAAAUUUUGGGAUGACAUUAUUAUUUCGUACUUAAAUUCUAGUUCUCUUUUCAUGAAAAUUUUUUGUUUCACGUGAAUCCUGUGUAUGGUUAGACAUGGUCAAUGUUUCUUUUUCACUUUUUAAUUGCAUGUCGAUCCGACUUGAACUUUGAUAAGAUUCAAAAGUAAAUGUAAUAGAAUUUUUAAAAAAUAAGAUGAUUGUAAUUUAUAUUGUUACAUACAAAGAUAAUCCAGCAUUAUUUUGGAUUCAAUCAUUCCUCUGUCAGCAUGUUUGUGAUGUGUUGUGUAAAUGCCAAGCCAUCAAGGUCAUUUACACGGAGGAGGCAUUGUUAUAUGUAGCUUUUAGGUUUGAAAAUUUUUUCCCCUUUAUGCUUAUUAAUUUUUUUUUUUUUUUGAUACUAUUCUGUUUUGUAAGUUUUUUUCCGCCUAUUACAUGUCUAUUGAGAAUUGUUAUUGCUAUGAAUGAUGGUAUGUGUGGUACUUGAUUAUUUGUUCAAGAAAAAAAAAAUUGUCGAAUGAUUUGUUCAAGUGUUGAAAACUUUCUAGGAUGAUGUUUAACUUUUAUAUAUAUACAUGUUAAGGGGAGAUAUUUUGAAUCCCAGCUUUUUGUGUUUUUAUAAGAGGGUACUUAAAAUUGGUAAAGAUGGGAUUCAGAUUAAAGAUGGAUUUUGGUAAAUUAGAACACAAUAUUGAAAUUUUCAAAAUUUGCAUAAGGAGUCAUCUUUUAGUAAAGCCAUUUCAUAAAGUACAUGUGAAAUUUGAGAAAUUUUAACCUGAUUAUAUAUGAAGUAGAAAAGAAUAUUGUUUAAUGUGUGAACUAUAAUUUAUUGUAUUUGAUAAAGUUGUACAAAUUUUCAGGAAAUUUUCUGUUAUAAUUUUUUUUUGGUCGAUAACAUCAAUUAAUACUGGUUUCAGUUUUUAUGUAGAUUUGAAUCACCAAAAGGGGAAAAAUUUAAAUUUGUGUUAACAAGUUUGAUAAUGAACAAACUGAAAUUUGUAUUUUUGUUAAGAUGGUUACAUUGAGAUAAAUUUUGGAGAUAAUUUAACCAGUGUGACUGGUGGCAUUGUUCCAAUACUAAGUUCUCAAGUUUCUGGUGAGGACAUCACUGCCAUAAGAUCUAACAGUUUGUAUGAUCAUUGGAACAAUGUAGAACUUGAGAUGCUCAACAUACAGUGACAUGGGCACGAUGUGUCAGGUUAUUAACAAUAAAGAUAACAUAUAUCA